AUGGGUUUUCAAACAGUCCGACCAUACCUGAGUCGUUUUGCCCUGGGGUUUGCAUUAGGACUUCCGGUAGCUGUGACAUUUGUAGAAAAUGUUGGAAGUUUAAAAGGAGUCCACGGCAUCUCAAUGCAGGUAAGUAAGCCUACAUGUACGGUACUUUUAACGGGAAUUAAGCUUAAUCCUCAUACAUCAUUUAUUCAGUUUGGCGAAAAAAUAUCACUACUAUCGUUGGUUACUAGUACUACAAAGAUACACCCUUUAAAACGCAAAAGUCCACUGGCAAUCUCUCUCGAUUUGUCGAUCAUCGUAGCGCUUUUUUUCGGUACUUAGUUUGCAUGCAAAGGGGUGCACUUUUCCCUAGCACUAGGAUCUUCCUAGCAGGGUGGUAGAAAUAUCCUAGCGUGAAGAAGAUCCUAGUACUAGGGACAAACCACGCAAAAAUAGAGGCGGGGUGUUCAGUUGGUAAUCAUGGUAAUUACCUAGGGUAGGGCCUGCAAUUUCGUUUGGCAAUUAUACCACAAGCGAUCAAAUGUCAGCAGCUGCUGAAAGGUAGUUAUUACUGCUAGUGAAGAGAACAGAGGUUCCCAAAUUGUUUGCUUGUUAUUGUUGUUUGCCAUCUUUAAAUCCUUCUUUAUUUGGUACUCACACAGACAGGAAUUUCUUCAUGUAAACUCAACAUUUCCGCAUAGCCCCUACAUGUACAGUACUGGGGGAGGGGGGGUACUCCUGGGAAUUCUUGGUGGGGGUGUGCAUCCCGGUUCCCCUUAUCCUCACACUAUUUCAGACCAAAAAAUGUCAUUUUCCACACCUGUUUUCAGACCUGGCCAUUAGGCAGGAAUUAUGUCAUCAUUACUUAGAUUAAAGCGCAAACAAAAAAAUCCUUCCAAAGCAUUGUGAAUUUACAUAUUUCUACUUCAUCCUUAUUUAUUUGGAAUUGAAACGAUAACCACGUCCAUAUGCUCCCGUAGUUCCCUUGAAAUCCUUACCCAAUUCCAGACUAAAAUGGGCAAAGUGUAUACCCGUUUUCAGACCAAAAAGGCCCGAAAACCCUACCCUUUCAGGUUGGCACAUACCUAUAUGGCUUACAUGUUGUAUAUAAGGGAGUAACUUAUCACACUCAUUCCAUCUUGUUUAAUUUGUCGUAUGUUGGCAAAUUUUUUGCAGUUGAAUUCUGAAGGACUGUAUCAAAGUUCAGGAAAAAAAAAGUUGUUGUCUUGUGUUCCCGUCCUCGGCAAAAUUUGAAAUUGGGCACUUUCAUGUUGUAGUCGUGUAAUGACAGCUAAGAAAUGUACUAAAAAGCAUGAUGCAAGUGCAUGCAAAGUUGUUGUUUUGCUGAUCUAACCUAUUGCCUUUUUGCCAUUCCUGUUGCGGUCACUGUCGGCGUCGUUGUUGCUCAAGCUCCCUAUUAACUCUGGGGUUUGGGCAAAGUGACUUUUGUGCAACUUGACCAGUACCCUAUUACACACUCUGUUGCAUAUGCUGUGGUUCAAUUUUAUCCUUGCUUUAAAUAAUUUGUGUUUGUUUCAAACUCAUUACAAAUACAUAACCAUAUUACCCAAAACAAUGGAAAAUAAAAUUUAACCAAGGUUAAAAUUGAACCACAACACAUAUCUGGUCAGGAAUAUAGUACAAAAGUGAAAGUCAAUUGUCUCUCGUUUUUUUUUUUUUUUACAGCCAACAUUAAAUCCAAAGCCACACUUAAAAGGUGAUGUAGUGCUUGUAAACAGUUGGGCUGUUAGACGGUUUGAAGAAAUCAGCAGAGGAGACAUUGUAACUCUCAUGUGAGUAAAUUCCUGUUGCAUGAGUGUGCAUAAUCUGUCACUACCUUUUGGCGGUUUUUUAACAACUUACAAAGAAGCAGUGACAGCUAAUGAGAUGCUUGAAGUUGACAUUUGAAAAUUGGAGACAUUUAAAAACCUUUCCUGCAUUUCCUAUGGACAAAUGUAGUAAAACUGUAAGACAAUCGUUGACUGUUGAAAUGAUUCGUGAGGAAUUAUCUUCUGUUUUAUCUCUGUUAAAAGUGAUCCUUCAGACCCUGAUGCUGUUCUUAUAAAGAGAAUCAUAGGUGUGGCAGGAGAUCAUGUAAAGUAAGUACAGCUGUAAAUCAAUCAGUCAAUCCAGUAGGGUUCCUUUAACCGCUAACAUGUAUUGUUAAAUAUUAUCAUGGAAAUGUUGCCGAAGUAAAUGAUCAAAAUUUGCUGGUGUUGUCCAGUAGUGUUCCCUUGGAACCAUUUGGUUUUUUACCUAAUGUGUAUUUUAUUCUACCCAGGGUUCAGAUGUCUGUACACUCACCCAAAGCCUAGGCUGAGGCUAAUUUAUUUUUAGCAUUCUUUCUCAUGCCAGUAGUCUACAAUGUACAGCUAAAAAACUUCAUUUUGGCUUAGGAUAUGUAUGUGUCUUCUCUUCAGAAGGCUAUGCAAAUCUGGCCCCCUGAUGGAACAAAGAGAUCACUUAAGUUGUGUCUUGGAGUUGAAGCAUACAAAAAAUCGUUUUAUGUUGAAACCACAUGUAGUUCAUAAUAGUCUACCACACCCAGUGUCUUCUUUGUCUCAUCUAAGAAUUUAAGACAAAGUCUCUCUUAAACCAAACUUUAAUGCUACCUUUUCUUCUUUUUCUAAGGAGGAAGUGUGUUCAGGUGUAUGAGUGGCCUCGUUCAGGCCUUUUUGUGGCCUUGACUGCUAGCCUUUUUUUCUCAGUUGUCCCAAAGUUUAAUUCCUAUAUCACACUUGCAAAUAACCAGUAGCCAGCUGGUUUCUUAAGCUAGUCCAGGCUUUUUUUUUAUCAUGUUGCAUGAAUGUUUGACUUUGAUUUUUUUUUAUCUUUAUUGUUAUUUUACAAGUGUCAAGAGAGUGUCUGGUUGUUAACUAGCCACUGUACAAUAAAACAGACAAGUAUUGCACUUGCACUCUAAACAAAACACUACUGUUUAUUUACUUAUUUGUACCUAUUUAUUUAUAUUUCUUAUUUUCUUUCCUUAUUUCCAUUCUGUAGAACUAUAAACUACAAGAAGAAGGUUGUACAUAUCCCAGCAGGUCAUUGCUGGGUUGAAGGAGAUAAUCAUUCACACAGUCAUGACAGCAACUCCUUUGGCCCGGUGAGUUGUCAUAUAAACUGAAAUCUGUCCUAAUGUCAAAUGGCAGUGGUCCACUUAGUGUGAAAGUAAGCUCUUUAUUUCAAAAUGGUGUACAGGUUCUCGGAAAGUUGGAGUUGUAUCCUUGAAUUCCACAAUUUUCUGGGAAGUUGAUCUAAAUUUGUCUGUUCCAUAAAUUUACCUAUUUAUGUUACAUGUAUUCCAUUUCAUUUUAUUUCUGUAGGUGUCACUGGGUCUUGUUCAGGUAAAAGCUACUCACAUUGUAUGGCCACCAGGGAGAUGGCAAAAACUAGGAACAUUUUCACCAGAGGGACGGCUAGACUCUGAUAAAAUCUCUACUUACUAUGAAUCAAGGAAUGCAAAAGAUCUUCCCAAUAAUGUGGAUACAACAGUGAAAAGAGAUGGAAUAACAUGCAGUGGUUCUACAGCUGGCUCUAGUCGAACUCAUAAUAAGUUUGAGGAAAAAAGUUCUGUUACAGAAAUAAUUUGUGGACCUGUUAGAUGA